AUGCGUGUGACUCGUGCGCGCGCCCAGCAGGGCCAUGAUGAGGCUACUACCGACGCGACCGAGCGUGCGCCGUUGAACGAAAUAACGUCCAACGCAUCAGCCGAGCAACCCCGCGACGACGACGAAGAGCUGCUGCCUGCAAAAACUCCUGCAAAGAAGAGCAAGGCAAAAGGUCGCGCCAAGAAAGGAAAAAAGACCAAGGCUGCUGAGGACCAAGAGGAGGACCAAGUCGAAGGUGCACCUGAGGACGCGCAAACAGCGCCUGAGCCCGUCGAGGCGCCCGCAAGCGCUGGAGACGGUACAACAGAGUCACAAUCCUUCUCGCAAACUCAGAAUGAGUCUGGAUUGCCUGCGGCCUCUGGCGUCGAUUCGUCGGCGAACCCUUCUGAAGUCGCAGAGGUCUCCACCAAGGUCCAACGAUCAGUGACCCCAACUAAGCCCGUACGCCUGACUCGCCGCCAAUUGGCCAUGCAGGAAGAGGAAAUGAAGAAGGCGCAACAUGCCGCUCCCGCAGUCCAGGAGCCAGAAAUCCAAGUUCCAAAGUCAACAACAGAUGUGCCCAAAGCUACAGAAGAAGCCCCACGGGUACCAGAGCAGGUUGAAGAUCCAAAAGCACCAGAAACUCAAUGUGAAGAUGUAAAGGAAGAGUCGGUUACAGAGCCAGAGGCUAUUGUUGACAAGGCUCAACAUGAGGCUGUAGUCGAGUCCGUAGCAGAACGUGAAAUUUCCCAACAGGCCUCGCCAGACGUGCCACAGGCGGAAGAGCCUCAGACUCAACCUCAGAUCCCCGAAGCAGCAGCUGACAUUCCAGUACCUUCUGUCGAAAUCAGCCCAGAAACAGAGCCAAAGUCACUUGCAACCCAAAAGUCCAAUGAAGAUCUCAUGGCCACUCUCAGGAGCCAGGCUUCAAGUCGACGGACAUCGCGUAGCCUCUCCAAAUCUCCCAUGCGCCUCGAGGAGUCUUUUGAAGCAAUCGAUGCGCUUGAGGAGGCUCUGGAGAACGUCACCUCAGUAGCUAGAAUCGAUCGAUUGAACGAGGAGACAUCGCCCGAGAGAGCAAAAGCCUCCAAGCCCACUAGCACAACAGGCACACGCCCAAAAUCGAUGUAUGCAACCUCGACUACAGCUACAAAGUUAUCUAGAGCCCCAAGUUCUGCUGCGCCGAAGAGUAUGAAGCCGGUCAAGUCUUCAUUAGCUCGCUCAACCAGUGUUCGUACUGCAACUAGCAAGGAAGUCAAGACAGCUCCCGCGCCUACGACGGAUUAUCUCGCUACAAAACGGCGACCGAUCAGCGUAUCGUUUCCUACUCCUGCACCGCCACCAAAAGGACGCGCUCCCACCAAGUCAACAUUCCAGCUUUCAAGCAACGACGUAGUCGCAAAGCUGAAGGCGCAGAAAGAGGAGCGGCUAAAGCGAGAAGCAGAAGGCACAGCACCAAAGGCACGGCCGAUCAGCAUGCCUCCUCCACCAAAGUCAAACAAGCCACUGACAAAGCCCGCCUUUCAACUGCCGGGCGAGAAAAUCGCCGAGAAACUAAAAGCACAAAAAGAAGAGCGUCUGAAGAGAGAAGAGGAGCAACCCGCACCGAAACAACGCCCAACCAGCAUCACCAUGGCGCCCCUCGCAAAAUCCACAAAAGCGCCCACAAAGCCCAAAUUCGAGCUCCCGGGCUCCGCCAUAGCCGAAAAACUGCGCCUCAAAAAAGAAGAGCGUCUCAAACGUAUGGAAGAAGCAGAAGCAGCCAAAAAGGAAGCAGCAGCCCUCAAACCCCGUCCCGCACCAGUAGCAUCCCGCAAACCCGUCACCAUGCCCAUCCGACCCUCGCCCGCCGAAGCCCCAGGCGUAACAAUCGGCCCACCCCCAUCUCCUCCCCAACCACCACUACGACAACAACAACAACAACAACAACAACAACAACAACAACAACAACAACAACAACAACAACAACAACAACAGCAACGCUCCACCUCCCUCGCCAGCAAACGAAGCAGCAUUAUCCUUGUCCCCAAAGCCGUAGUCACGCCCGCGGAUGCGAUCCUACUCAAGCUCAAGGGCAAAGAAGUCUUCAAUCGUGAUCGUGUGGAGAAGGAGGCGAGGGAGAGAGAGAGGAGGGAGAAGGAAGAGGCGGCCAAGAGGGCGAGGGCUGAGGCGGCGGAGAGAGGUAGGAUUGCGAGUAGGGAGUGGGCCGAGAGGCAGAGGCGGAAGAUGAUGGGUGGUGGUUCUUGAUUUCUCUUAGUUUUGGGGGCGGGGGUUGGAACUGGAAAAGGGCUGCAUUUCUCUGCCUUGCAUCUUCUUUUUUUUUCUUCUUGGAGGCUCUUACUUCUUGUUUCUUGUUCUUCAACUUGUCUAUAUAUAUAUAUAUUCUUUGAAUAGGGGUUUCCAGGCUUGGGUUUGGGGCGUUUCGGAUUCUUGUUAUUUACAUCUCUCUACCCUUUUUCUCUCUCUAUCUGUCUUCCUAUGGUUGACUAAGAAGAAGUGGAGUGGGGGACAUCUGGGCUUCAUUGCCGUAUUGGCGUUUUGUAGG